AUGCUUAGACACAGACAUAGACAACGAUUAUUAGAGGAACAAAAAAAUAAUAAUAAUAAUAGUGUUAUUCAAACAAUACGUAAUAAUAAACAAAAACAACAAUUAUUGAAUAGACAAUUAUUUGGGGAUGAAAAUAAUAAUUUAGCUGUUGAAUGGAGAAAUCGGCAAUUUGGUAUAAGAAAUCGUCAACAACAACAAAAUGAAUUAAUUAAAGAUCAACUUGGCAAAGAAUUAUUACAAAUUGAGGGUAAUGAUGACAAUAAUGAGAAGGGAAGACAAUCCCUUCAACUUGAACGCCGUUUCCGUUUAGUUCCAAAUAAAGUUGUAUUCCGCCCUAGACUUAAAAUAAGAAGACCCCAAAAUAUUGAAAAUCUUAACGGCCAACAACGUCCAAGUAUUCAAUUACCAGAAAAUUCAGCUUUUGGAACUGAACAAAAAAGAGGAAGUCAUUUACCUAUUGCUUUACCAUCCCUCAGUUUGUUUGGGGAAGAACCUUCGGAACAACCAAUUCCAGUACCACCAGCACCUGGAGAACCUCCUCCUUCCCAAGUUGCAACACAAACAAUAAGAGAAACGUCAACAACAACAACUGAUACAACAACAACAACGACUACAUCACAACCUUUACCUGCACCAGCAAUGGAAGUUGGUUCAAUGGGAGAACAGCCACCAAUGAAAUUAGAGGGGGGACCACCAACUAUUACUGCUACAACCCAAGAAACAACCACACAACCAUCUCAAAAAAUUGAGGAAAAUGGAGGAAAUAGUCAUGGAGAAGAUAGUGGAAUUAUAGGAAAUAGUGGACUUGUGGGAGAUGGGCCUGGUCCUCUACCUCCAGGGUUUUCUGAAGCUGGUGCCGGUUUUAUUGGUUUGUCUAAUGGUGCAGAAGAUAAUGGAUUGAGUUUUGGUUCUGGACCUGAGGUUGGAACAUUUCCGCCCGGUUUAAAAGAAUCUUUUGGAUUAAAUGGUUUUGUGACUGAAUUAGAAACAACAUUAUUAUCUAGUACAGAAGCACCAACUACAACAACUAGCACGCAAACAACAACAACAAUAACUGAAUUACAAACAACAACUGAAGUAUCAACUACAUUAAUACCUACUACAACAACAGAAUUACCAACAACAACGCAAACUCCUGCACCACCACCUCCUCCCCCAGAAGAAGCUUUUGUUAUUCCUGAAAAUUCUGGUCUUCGCCCUGUAGCUCCGCCAAAAGAAUUUUUCGGAGCUGGAGGUUUUGGCAGUAGUUCUGCAGGUCGUGGAGGUGGGGGAUUUGGAAAUAAUGGAGUUAUUGGGGGAAGUAAUGGCAAAAGUCGUGGUGGUUGGGAACCUCCUCCUCCCGAUGCCCAAGUUGAACCUCCUCUCAAACCUGAAGACUUUUAUACUGGCGAUUCUGCAUUAAUUCCAAAUAAGAAAGGACCGGAUGGUGAUGGUUAUGGGCCUUCUGCUUCCCUUCCCGGCUCUGCUCUUCCUCAAACACCUCCACCUAUUGGAACUAGCGGGGCUGUUUCUGGCGGUAUUCCAAUGCUUCCACCAUUUCGUCCAAUACCUAACGCGAUUGGCAUUCCACCGGUUGCUGGUAUGGGGAUUUUAGCUCCUCCACAAGAAGCUGUGCCGGAAAAUGAGGCGACAACUGUAAAACCUUCUGCUCUUCUAAAUAUUAUUAACAAGGCAGAUGAAGGCUUUAAUCAAGUGAUUACACACUUUGAACAGGGUACACCUUUAGAAGCUGCUGCUAUUGAUAUUAUGGAGGUAGCUUUAGGUAGUCAAAAACUAGACAGUCAAGCAAAAUUGCUCAGCCAUGUUGACCGCGCUUUUGGACUUGACAAUUUACAAAGGUUACAGCGUUGGGCAAAUACUGGAGGGGCUUUAGAUUUAAUUAAAGAACAGUUUGCAAAAAUUGCCAAAAAUUACAAACCCCCACAAGAAACAGCUAAUUUAUUUACUGUACCGCCCCAAUUAGAAUAUCUCUUCCAAAAUCCAAGUUCUGGUCGGCGCAAAUAAAUAAAUUAAAUGUUAAUGACGUCGAAAGGGCAGAAAAGCUCAAGUUAACUGCGCAAUGAUUCUGUGGAUAUUUUGUAAAACAGAAAAAUAAAUAUUAGUAAAUUACCUACCUAUACUCUCUUUUUACUCUUUCUUUUUUUUCUCUUUAUUACAAUUUAUUUAUUGAAGUUAAAACAAUUAAUUUUGGGAAUAAAUUUCGACCUUAAAAUAUAUAAGAGAUGGGAUAUUAAAAAUAAAAAUUACUUUAUGAUUAAGUUAUCUAAA